AAAGAAGAGAGAAGAAAAGAGGGGAGGGGAUGGGCGUGGAUAGUAAAGCGCAAAAGACGUUAGAAGAAGAAACAAUCACACCACAAACACAAAACACACAAACAACCCCAUAAUUCAUUCCAGCGAACGCUUCAACGGCAUUGUUUCCUGGUUUACAGGUUCGCUCAUGUGUGGUUCCAAUUGAGGACCGAUUUUGAAUUUUUUUUUUUUUUGAAUUUGAGUUUUUUUUGGUGAUUGAUUGAUCAAGAGGAGAAGAGAGAGAGUGAGAGGUUGUUUGAAUAGAAGAUCGUUAGAUUUUUUUUUUUAAUUUUUUUUUGUUAAAAAAAUGAGUGCUUCGAGGUUCAUAAAAUGUGUUACAGUUGGUGAUGGUGCCGUUGGUAAAACUUGCUUGUUGAUUUCUUACACCAGCAACACCUUUCCUACGGACUACGUGCCCACUGUUUUUGACAAUUUCAGUGCCAAUGUCGUCGUUAACGGGGCCACAGUUAAUCUGGGAUUAUGGGAUACUGCAGGACAAGAGGAUUAUAACAGAUUAAGACCUUUGAGUUAUCGUGGAGCAGAUGUUUUUAUUCUCGCUUUCUCCCUUAUUAGCAAGGCUAGUUAUGAAAAUGUUUCUAAGAAGUGGAUUCCUGAGUUGAAGCAUUAUGCUCCUGGUGUCCCCAUUGUUCUUGUUGGAACAAAGCUCGAUCUUCGGGAUGACAAGCAGUUUUUUAUCGACCACCCUGGUGCAGUUCCAAUCACUACAGCUCAGGGAGAGGAAUUAAGGAAACUGAUUGGGGCUCCUGCUUACAUCGAAUGCAGUUCAAAAACACAGCAGAAUGUCAAGGCAGUUUUUGAUGCAGCCAUUAAGGUCGUGCUUCAACCACCAAAGACAAAGAAAAAGAAGUCAAAGGCACAGAAGGCUUGCUCCAUAUUGUAAUUGUGUAAGUUGUAAAGAGAAACAAGCCCUAGUUCGUGCCAUGUUCGACUUUAUUUUUUCACAAUCAAGCUUGAGGAAGCAGACAGACCUUUUUUUAGUGUAUGAUCUCUCACUGAUUGUAUUUUAGGUUCUCAUCAGGUUGUUUUCUGUUGCUUUCUGGCAUUACAUUUGGUGUUACUCACCAUCUAAUCCCUGGUUUUGGUUCAGUCUUUAUAUGUAUUAAAGUACUGGAAGAUCCCAGUUUAGGAAAGAACCAUAUUCUUAUUUUCGUUCUUCGCCUUAACCUAGCAGAGCAGUUAUAUUCAUUUCUUCAAAAUUACUUGUUAUGAAGAUAAUUUCCUCUGGCUUCAAUUUUUAACGCUUCUCUCUCUGAUGUAUGUAGUUAAAUGUUUAAUCUAUCGCUAUUUUUUUUCAA